UAAAAUAAGGGAAGCACAUGAAUGUGUAAUAAAAGGGUGGGGGAGUGUGAGACUGACUCACCUGUGAUAUGUCUAACUAAUGCUGUUUGCCUGUCUAGCUUGUUCUGCGCUUUAUGGGCGUUGCUGGUCCAUUUAUAUCGCAUGACUCUAGGGCAGGAUUCUCUUUCACUCAGACGUUCUUUUGGGACAAGCAUCUUUUAUAAAAGUGUCAUCAGUCAUGGAGGGUCUCUCUCGUGCUAACAGUCUCUUCGCUCUGGAUCUCUAUCGGGCUCUGUGCAAGAGCAAUGCUGAUGGAAACGUGUUCUUCUCUCCUCUGAGCAUCAGCGCAGCGCUCAGCAUGGUCUACUUGGGAGCCCGAGGAGACACUGCCAAAGAAAUGCAAAAGGUUUUGUCCUUCAGUUCUGUCUCUGAUGUUCACUCUCAUUUUGAGAGCCUCACCACAGCAAUCAACAGUCCAUCAGCUUCCUAUAUCCUCAGACUGGCCAACCGUCUCUACGGAGAGAAAACCUUCAGCUUCUUACCUGAGUAUUUGGACUCCACUCUGAAGCUGUACCACGCUGACCUUCAGGCUGUGGACUUCAUUGGAGCAUCUGAUGAGUCACGACAGCUCAUUAACAAAUGGGUGGAAGAGCAGACAGAGAAUAAAAUCAAAGACCUUAUCAAGCCGGGAAUGGUGACUGGAAUGACCCGACUAGCUCUGGUUAAUGCCAUCUAUUUCAAAGGGAACUGGCUACAGAAAUUUAAUGCUCAAGACACUAAAGAAAUGCCAUUUAAAAUGAAUCAGAAUGAUCGCCGACCAGUGCAAAUGAUGUACCAGAGGAAAAAGUUCCCCUUCAACUAUAUCUGUGACCACCGUUUGCAAGUGCUGGAGUUGCCAUACGUAAAGGAGGAGCUCAGCAUGUUGAUCCUUCUUCCUGAGGAAAGUCAGGAUGGCUCUGACCCUCUUCAUAAGCUGGAGAGCGAGCUGACCCUUGAUAAGCUGCAUGAAUGGACCAACAGAAACAAUAUGGACACCCAUACAGAGAUCAUAGUCCACUUGCCAAAGUUCAAGCUGGAGGUUGAGAGCUCCUUAGCAGAUAUAUUGAUGGGAAUGGGGAUGACCUCUGUGUUUCAGGGUCCAAAGGCUGAUCUGACAGGCAUGAGCAGUCAGGUUGGCCUCUUCCUUUCAGCAGUGGCCCACAAGGCCUUUGUGGAUGUAAAUGAAGAAGGCACAGAGGCAGCAGCCGCUACGGCAGCCAUUGUGGCAUUCUGUAUGUUACGAGAGGAGCACUUCAUGGCAGAUCACCCCUUCUUGUUCUUCAUCAGGCACAAUCCCACCAACAGCAUCCUCUUCUUCGGCAGAUUCAGAGGCCCCUCUUAAAUAUGUGAUGUUUGUCUGUCUAACUCUAAAAUAAACAAUAAAUACUAGUAUUUAGAUGUCAAUAAUUCACAUUUUGUAUAUUUUUUUCUGUUUGUUUGUUUGUUUGUUUUAAGAGCACAGCAACACAAAAAUGUCUUGGAUUUGGGUUGAGAUGAAAAACACUAAUUUAGAGUUCAAAAUUUGCUGGAAAAUUAUGGCACAUGAUGCAACACAUUUUCAACAUAUUUUUGAUAAUACUUUUGAUCACAAAAGUUAUUUUGCAAAUUAGCUUGCUAGGACAAAAAAGUAAAUCAGUAUUCAGUGCAGUCAUUAGGCAGGCUGACAUCUCUGUUUGCUAUAGAAUAGACAUAACACAGCUGUUAACACACACUAAAUCAACAGCAUAUCCCAACAUUCAUCAUGUUCAGGAACUCAGGUGCCCAAAAAUCGUGUGAUGUCGAGGAAUGUGUAGCUAAGUUAAAUUAGUUAGAUAUUACAGCCUAAUUUGGUAGUAAAAUGAAAAUGUUGUUGCAUAUUGUAUGUGUAUUUAAUAGAAAUAUUUGCAACUGCUUUUUAUCAAUUAUAAGCACUACAAUUAGUACAUUAUAUAAUCGGUUAGAUGGGGU